AUGAAUUGGAAAACUCUAUUCCUAUGCUUUCUUUUUAUUGUGCGCAUCUCCACGAAACGUCUUACUCCCAGAGAAAAUAAGAUUCUGAAGGCGAACUGCGGUCGUUACGUGUCAGGAUUCACGUCUCUCAACGGUCAUCGUGAGAAGACUUCAGAGGAAUACAAAGCGCUUUACGGGAAGGAAGUGAAGAUCGGUGAAGCGCCAUGGGCGGUCUCUCUGGCUAUGAAGAAGAAGACGUUGUCCGGAAAGAAUGUGGAGAAUCAAUUCGCACAACACGGCACCGGCACCCUAAUCUCCCCGUGGCAUAUUGUGACGGCGGCCCAUUUGAUCGGUAUCAGUGAGGACCCACUUCCAGAUUGUCAGACUGGAAAGUUAGGAGACGCCCAUUUUCUGAGGGAUUUCAAAGAUUUCGUGGCGUUUAUCAAUGUGACUUGUGCGGUUCCGGAGAUGUGUAAAGGGUUGAAGAGGAAGGAUAUGUUCAAGCCGUUUGAGAUUCAGUCGCUCUACAUCCGUCAAGGCUACGUCGGUGACGGUUGCAUUGAUCGUGAAUCUUUUAACGAUAUCGCAGUGUUCGAGCUCAAGGAGCCCAUUGAGUUCUCCCGUAACAUCUUCCCGGCAUGCCUCCCAUCCACCUCAAAAUCUCCCGUACUUGGAGCUAAAGGGUACAAACUUUAUGGAUAUGGAAGAGACCCGGCGGAUAAGCAGUUAGAAUCUGGAAAGCUGAAAACGUUGGUGUCUUUCGUGGCGGAGUGUUCCGAUGAGUUUCCGUAUGGAGGAGUGUUUUGUACUUCGGCGGAGAAUCGUGGAUUGUCGUGUGAUGGCGACAGUGGCUCCGGAGUGGUCCGCACCUCGGACACCCGUAACGUCGAAGAACUCGUCGGUGUCCUAUCAGCCGGAAUGCCUUGCCCAGAGCUCUACGAUUCCCAUAACCGACAGAGAAGACUCAGACAAAAGUUGACUCAAGAGACCGAUCUGCUUGUCGACGUGGCCGCCCAUCUUGACUUUUUCUGUAAUUGUUGUGGGAUUUGUACUAAUAAGAAGUGA